AAGUAGAAGCACACCUCCGACUGAACCCAGAGCCGCAAAGACACGCCGAUACCACGUCACGGACGCAGACGCGACUUCAUUAUACACUUUGCUUCUGCGCUUGUGGAUUUACUGCCCUUUCUGGAUCUCAUUUUUUCGAAUCAGUGAACUCACUGCCACAUUACAUCUUAAAACUGGGGAAACUUGCUGGAAAAGUAUUACCGAGGAGCAUUAAAAAGCGAUCGCUACGAUAAUUGGCUGUCGAAUGGACCAGCAUCCCACCGCCCGGAGCUGCAGCAGCCGCGGAGCUCCGUCCUGCGAGGCCGUCGCGAGCGAGCCGUCCAUGAAUUUGCACGUCCACUCCACGACCGGCACGCGCUUCGAGCUGUCCCUGCCGCUCGAGGAGACCGUGGAAGGGCUGAAGAGGAGGUUGUCCCAGCGGCUCAAGGUGCCGAAGGAGAGACUCGCUCUGCUGCACAAGGAAACGCGAUUGAGUUCAGGAAAACUCCAGGACUUUGGCAUCUCGGAUGGGAGCAAGUUAACCCUUGUACCAACAGUUGAAGCAGGAUUAAUGUCGCAGGCAUCAAGACCAGAACAGUCUGUAAUGCAAGCACUGGAAAGUUUAACAGAAACUCAGGUCAGCGACUUCCUGUCCGGCCGCUCCCCGCUUACUCUGGCUCUGCGUGUUGGCGAUCACAUGAUGUUCGUCCAGCUGCAGCUGGCGGCCCAACAGUCUGGCGGGCAGCAGCUUCAGCACCGGCAUCUCAUAGCCCGGGGUGGUGCUGACGGCUCUGCCGGAUCUUCCUCCGCUGGGACUUCUGGCGCCAAUGGCGCACAUGUUCGACUCCCCCACCACUCUUACCCGCACUCCCAUCCUCAUUCCCACCCACACCCCACGACACACGGCUCCCACGGGCCCUGUGCUCCGAUCACUUCUGUUGGCUCUUCGGCCUUCACUGCCACCGGCCCGGCACAGACGACUCCCCUCGCCUACCCGUCAUCCUCAACGAGCCACUGCAGCACCCCUCCACGGCCAUCCACGCUCCCAAAUGGACUCCUUCGCUCACACCUGCUCCCUCCUUCCAGCCCUUGUGUCCCGAGUCCGAGCUCAGUGUCCUCCUGCCCUGAGAAUAACUGCAGUGCCAAGAGCCCCAGCAGUUGUUCUACUCCUGCUGCACGGUCCCGCAAGCCAGGCGCUAUCAUCGAGAGCUUUAUCAACCACGCCCCCGGAGUCUUCUCUGGGACAUUCUCUGGCACUUUGCAUCCCAACUGUCAGGACAGCAGCGGGCGGCCAAGGCGGGACAUCAGCACCAUCCUGCAGAUCCUAAAUGACCUCCUGAGCGCCACCCGUCACUACCAAGGCAUACCUCCUUCCCUCGCACAGCUUCGCUGCCAGACCCAGUGCAGCCCCCCUUCCCCAUCGCCCUCGCCGCCCCCCUCGCCUCCAGCCACCGGCCUGGCUGGCCUCUCCGCCAAAGCUACCUCGGUGCCUGCGGGUAGCCAGGCCUCCCUGCACCCCCUGGUUGCGUGUCAGAGCCAGAUCCGCAUGUGCAAGCCCUCUGGUGACCGACUGCGGCAAACGGAAAACCGGGCCACCCGCUGCAAGGUGGAGCAGCUGCAGCUCCUCAUGCAGCAGAAGAGGCUGCGACGGAAGGCGCGCCGCGACUCCCGCGCACCCUACCAGUGGCUCCCGAACCGCAAGUCGGGUCGCAGCAACAGCAACAGCAGCGUGUCCAGCGACGGCUCCCUGGACCUGGACUUCGAGGACUCUGUGUGGAAGCCCGAUGUCAAGGCCGACAUGAAGUCGGAGUUCGUGGUGGCGUGAGGACGCAGGUUGACGGUGGACGAGUCUCUGGAGGGAAGGGGGACCGGGAGCGAGGACUUGAGCCAAGGGCUGUCUGCGCGCAUUAACGGAAGAAACUAUAUAUUGAGACGCCUGACACCAGACUGGUCUGACGGAAAGGUUCCUUUGUUGCUUUUUUUUUUUUUUUUUUUUUUUUUUUUUUUCUCUCCUCCCCUCUCCUCUCCUCCCCCAUUGAUAUUAUCUGGUCCUCCAGAGUCCCUCUUUGGCAAGAAAGAGAUUUAAAGUUAGAUAUUGUUUGGACUUGGCAAGAACUUUUGAGGCAACAGUUAAGCAAAAGAGACCAAUGCGGCCUGCCUUAGAGAAGCUGAACGUGGCGGACCGCGGUGGUGGUGGUUUCUCUUCAUCUUUUUUUCGUCUUUUUUUUUUUUUCCUAAGGAGAACAAUGGCUGGAAAUCCUUACUGGACUUUAAAGCAGGAUGGUGGAGGUGUGGGGGCCUCUGUACUGUAUAGAGAAGAUGUGGCUCCCCCUCCUGCAGCCAUUGCAUGACUCUCACCAUGGGCAUUCUAGGUCUCACACUCAAUUGGGUUAUUUGUAAGAAGGCAUCUUUACAAUUUCUCUUCACACACCCCCCCAACCCAGAUAUGUAGCAUUCUUCACAAAGCAUUCAGGUUUCUUUUUAUUUUACAAACGAAAAUGUCUCAUUUGCACCCCCACCCCAUACUUGGUUGGUCAAGGUCCUUCAGCAGCAGCAGUAGACCCUGAUGAAAACAUGGCAAACAGAAUUAAAAACAAGAGGCACUUUGGGAAUCUCAAAUAGGAUUCUGUGAGCAGUAACCUCAGACAGACAGGCUAUAAAUGGGAAUAGUAACGAAGAAAAUGUGACUGAGCGCUUUAGGAAAGUGAAAAAUGAAGCUCCUUAAACGUGGGUGGAAAUCGUGUUUCCUGGAGGCGAUAACCCGAAAUGGCUCGGGUCAAGCCGUACUUUAACAAACAGCUGGUUAAUGGAAGACAUAAUGCAAACAUUUAGUCACAUGUGUUUUUCCCCACUUUGUAUAAGAGCUAUAGAACAGGAGACAUUGUAGGACAUUACUGUAAUCUGUCCUUUGCUGUCAAAUGUUCCUUUUUUUUUUUAUAUAAAUCAGCAUUGUUCUAGCAAUGGCAAAGUGGACUAUAUUAAAUGAAGCACAUUCACUCUUUAUAACGUUAUGUAUAAAUACAGGGUUUUUUUAUUUCAAUGGAACACUUAUUAGUCAUUGCUCCCCCCAAGUCAUGCAGUUAAUGAGACCCAUGACAAAAGUGACAUUGCAGUACCUGGUUGUCCCAGGGGAAUGAAUGUGGCCCCUGGCCAUCUUCAUGUGUCCUGCUAGGAGGGCGGUCAGUCUCAUGUCUCUGUCACCCCUCCUUCCCACAGAACCGCACUCAGUUCAGUCAAAUUGAAAGGAGUCAAAAACAACUAGGGAGUUGAAGUCCCUCGAGUGCCUCCUGAUAUUGUUUAAAAUGCAUAUCAGAUAGGGCUUUUAACGGACAAAGAAUCCUGCUGCCACAUAAGCUUUUCUGUUGUGGAAAAAUAACUUUGUUGCAUGUAAAACUGAAUUAUCCUUAACACUUCAUUGUGCUGGGGGGUCUGUGUGUGAUGGCAAAGCUGAGAAGAAAAAGUGCAUGAUAUUUGAAUAAGUUUGGGGGGAUGGGGGAUGGGAACUGUCCUAUUGAUUUUGUGGACUGGGUCUGGUGGGGUCCUGCGAUCUAUUUUCCAAAGGUUUAAAAAGCCGAGGGAGGUGAAGCAAAAUGGGACUUGUGUGCACCUCAUGCACCCAUGAGGAACUUUUCAAAACCUGUGAGUGGACUAUGCCCGCUUGCCUCCAACCCUCCUGUGUGAACGCUUGACUGGUCUCCUACCGUCGCAAGAGGAAUGUGCUCAGCAAGCUCUGUACCACUAGCGUGACAUAUUCUGCAAAAUGCAUGUGUAAAAUCAGAACUCCCCACCCCAUGGACACAGCUACAUUUUAAAGCAUCAAGACAUACCACACUUGCACUCGCAAAGUUUGCAGUGAGAGAUUAUGUGCUAGAAGGCAAAACCUCCGCUUUUGUUAAGUGACCUUACCUUUUCACGAAUUGAGACACGCAGGCUGGGGUGGGGGCAUUGAACGUAUAUAAAUGGAAAGAAGAAAGCGUACCAUUCUGUUCACCACAUCUCUGCCAGUCCCAUUCAGACAUCAUGUGCUUGCAGAUGGAGUCAGUGUAUUAUGUAAAGGCUUCAGUGCCUUAAAGACAUUGCCGUAUGCCAUGAGUGAAUAAAAUAUUUCAGUAAAUUUAUUAUAUACACUCGCUAAAGGACCAGAGUGUUUCUGCCUGAUGAUUUCAGAGGGCCACUCUCUAUGCUAGGUGGCAGAGACCUAAAGGGGUGAACAUUUGAGGGUUUUAUUUAUUUUUUUAAAAAAAA